UGUGUGUGUGUGUUUGUGUGAAUAUGUAAAGUAUGUGUGUAUGUAGAUAUAUGUAUAUAUAUACAUAUAUAAAUAAUGAUAGAAAAUGUGUAAAAGAUGACAUUUGCACACAAAUGUAUUACAAGGCAAUGAUCCCCCACAGCACAAAUGAUUACAUUAAGUGCUGUUUUCGUGUUUGUUGCAUGUUAAAGGUGCAGUAUGUACAUUUGGGGAAGACAUUUAAUCGGAAGAGAGAUUUUUUUUUUUACGUCUCAACUGAAACCAAACGAACAAACUCUCUUUGUUUUUCAUGAAUUAAUAAACUCAAUAAUCAUAAACCUGACCAUAAAGGACAUCUCAGUUUCAAACAGUUUUACUUUGUUCAAAUGUGGAGGACCCUGCCACCUUUCUAGUUUCAAACAGUGUUGUGGAGACCUUAUUUUCCUCAGAGAACAGCUUGUUUAUUCAGUUAUGGGAAAAAAUAUAUUUCUGUGAUUGUAUCAUUACUUCAUUAAUAAUGUAAAUAUUAAAAAAAAAAACUUUACAUUUUUCUCCAAAUCGACAUAGUGCCCCUUUAGACUGCAUUCACUCUGAAAUAAAUGACUCUCUGCAUCAACUUUUCCUUUCGAAGACCAUCUGGCCACACCAUGCAAAUAUACCUAAUAUGCACCUGCAGCAGGUGCAUGCAAAUCAAAGUGUCUCUCAUUGGAGAAAUCAUUACCUACUGACUGAUGAAGCUCCCUCCCAAGCUCAGGUCACUCUUUGUCAGCGUAUGUAGUUUUGUCCAACCUGGCGGUGAGAGGUAUCUUCCUCAUCACACACCUGAGUGUUUGGAGGCGCAUGCUCUGCGUGCAUGGUCACCUGGGACCUGUUGCUUGGCUGCGUCUGUUGCUGUGUUGUGAGGUCGCCUGCUUUUAGACCUAAAGGAUGCUUCUCUUUAUCCUCCAUCGCUAUGGACAUAAAUGAUGCGCCACAGACCUGCCACAUUAUGACAAGACUGUAACCUGAAGCCGGAUGAAAACAAUAAACCAAGAAGAGGGGACCAUAAGUCACUGUGUCUUUUUUCUCAGUCGGCUGAACAAACAAACACACCUGUAAGUACUUUAAUACUGUUUCUUUACUGCUCUAAUAGUUUUACCAAUGAGUCUCAGUGUUCCACAGCAGAUUAUUACAAGUUUAUGUAAAGGAUAUAGAGAAACGGUGUUGGUGACUUCAGGCUUUUAUUAUCAGAGUAGUUAAAUAAAGUAGACAAUAAACAGAACAAUGACAAGACAAAUAACUGAUAAAGACGGUAUGAAGCAAUAAUCAUCACACUAUUUGAAGCCAAGGGCAAAAUACAAUAGCAGUGUUUACCCAACAUUUACGAGCUAAGAAAAGAGGGAGUGCAUGCUCUUUGUUACAUAUUAAAUAUUACAUGUUCCACACUGUGUCUACAGGGGCUGUGUGCCUCCUGACAGGUAGGUACUGGAUGAUGCUGUGUGUGUGUAGACAAGAACAGAUAAUAGGCCUCACCGGACCAUCGCCAAGGAGACAGAAACUCCAGAGGGUCGCCUGCAGCGCAGCUCUAAAAAAGAAUCUCUGAGGUUUGCGUCUGAUUUGUACACGACAGGCAAUGGGCAGAUGCUGCAGAUGCUGCAAGUGCAAUGGGAGACUGCUGUGCAUGUGCCUGCUGCCUUUCAUGAUGACCGGCCACCUCCUGGUUUACAUCAUGGUGUCCAUAUUUGUCACCAUCUCCUACACUCCCCCCAAAAUAAACGUCCACUAUAUAGCCCCGGGGAAUUCCGGCAACACCUCCGCAUUGGCCUCUCACCCACUUGGCCCUUUCUGGAACCUCCGUCUGGAAGACGGCGCCCUAUGGAACCAGUUGCAGCAUGCUUGGGACCGUCAGCACAAUCCAAUACUGCGAGGAAACACGACUGGGAUAGUGAGGAAGCCCAAAGCUAAGAUUAUAACCGAAAUUGAAGAUGAGUGUGUCUCUGACUGCGUGUCACACAAGUGUUCGGUCCCUCAUGUGCAUGACUUAGACAGUUUGCCGGAACAAAUGAAGGCAUUUAUCCGGUCAAUGCACUGCAGGGAUUAUCCUCUCCUCAUCAAUCAGCCUCGCACUUGUAUGAAGAACAAUAGUGACUUUGGUCUGGAUUCUCCCAUUCUGCUCAUGGCCAUCAAAUCUCAAGUGGGGAACUUUGAGAACAGGCAGGCUAUCCGUGAAACGUGGGGACGCAGCGGGCUGGUGAGGGGGGAAUCCAAUAAGACAGGCGGAUUGGUGCGCACAGUGUUUCUGCUUGGGCGACAGGACUCAAGCACAGGUCCUCACCCAGACCUCAAAAACCUCCUGGAGCUUGAGAAUCAGAAAUACGGGGAUAUCCUGCAGUGGGAUUUCAGAGACACUUUCUUUAACUUGACCCUAAAGGACCUGGUGUUCUGGCGCUGGCUCCAGCAGUACUGCCCCACUGCCAUGUUUGUGUUCAAAGGGGACGAUGAUGUCUUCGUGCGAACAGGGGUCCUUCUGGAUUACCUGCACCAGCAGUGGGAGGAGCACAACCUGUGGAGAGCAUCUACAAACAACACUGACAUGGAUUUGAAUCUGUUUGUGGGGGAUGUAAUCAACAACGCAAUGCCAAACCGUGAGCCAUCCACUAAAUACUACAUCCCAGAAAGUUUCUACAAAGGCGUGUACCCACCCUAUGCUGGUGGAGGAGGGGUGGUGUAUUCUAGCUCCCUUGCAUUUCGACUGAAAGAGGUGUCUGAGAGGGUGCGCCUCUUCCCGAUAGAUGACGUGUACCUGGGCAUGUGCCUGCACAGACUCGGCCUCUCACCCAGCCACCACCCUGGCUUUUUAACAUUUGAUCUCGCGGAAACAGACAAGGGAAAUCCCUGCGCAUACAAGUCCAUCCUGCUCGUGCACAGACGGAGUCCCAAAGAGAUGCUAACGCUGUGGAAGCAGCUCCAGGAACUGCGGUGCUGAGGCUCAUUUGUCUACCAAAUAGGGUUCUCUGAGCACCGCAUUUGGAAAAUAGGUGUGUGUUUGUGACUGCAUCUUUAUGUCACACAGGCAGAAGGCAGUGACAGUCACAUGUGCUGUGCUGUACCUUUCCCCCAAAGAGUUAUGCAACGCUGAGGAGGAGACUGAUCUACCUCAAAGGGUACUUUGAUGAUGAGGGGACUACACAGUGAGGGCACAUGGUACUUUAAAAAAAAAAGAAAAAA